AUGGUACUCCACCGUUACGUAGGAGCGAUCUUGCUUUUGGCAAGCGUGUCAAAUGCAAGCCCUACCCUCCCUUCCAUCUUCGCCCGGGACCCCCCUAAGAUGUUACCGGCGAAAGCGACAGCCAACGACCUCAAAUGGCAGCCAGCGAUGGACUUUGACAAGGACUCGUGCUAUAACACACCAGCAAUCGACGCGCAAGGAAAUAUUGCACCCGGUCUUAGCACGAACAAUGCCGCGGGAGGAGCAGGAUGUCGGGACGCGAGCGACCUCGUAAACAACAACGUGUACUCGCGGCAGCGCUGUAACAACGGGUGGUGCGCCUAUCUAUAUGAUUAUUACAUGGAGAAGGACACCAAGUACCAGAACGCCCCUCUCGGCGGUGGGCACAGGCAUGAAUGGGAACACGUCGUAAUAUGGGUCAAGAACGACCAACUCGAGUACGUCGCCGCGUCAAGACAUGGCGGUUAUACCGUCAAGGAUAAAAACGACCCCGCUGUCCAGAUUGACAGUGGAACGCACGCCAAGAUCGUAUACCACAAGGACGGCGGCAGCACGCACGCCUUCCGGUUCCCCAAGACCGACGGAACGGACGAGCCGCCGGAGAACCACUCGGGAAAGUGGUAUAUAUCUCCUGGACUCGUGUCCUAUAACGGCUUCCCGAGCACGGGACUUCGUGAUAAGCUUGUUAGCUACGACUUCGGCACCGCUACGAUCGCCUUCAAGGAUGCGAAGUUCGCUGAUAACCUGAAGAAAGCUGCGCCUAAAGGUAUUACGUUCGACUUUGGCCGUGAUGAGAAUUCGCCGGGUACCCCCUGA